UCAUUUUAUUUAGUAUUUUUUUUAAAAGUAUUAACAUAUCAAAUAGUUCGUUUUUUAUUAUUUCUAUAAAAAUUAAUCACAGUUAUUAAAAUGACUAGAAAUCAAAUAGGAUGUUUAUGGAGAGAUCAAAUUGUUGGUGAACAAUUAGAAAUAGGUUUCAUUAACAAUCUUGAAGUUACUGAAAAGAAAAAAAAUUAUACAGACAUGGAUAACCCUAAUUAUAUUCCCAAAGAAAAUGAAAAAAAAAGAAAAUUGUACACUGCUAAUGAGUCAUUAAUGGAUCAAUCUAAUUUAAAUAGUUUCCAUGAUAAAAAGAGAAAAAUUAAUCAAUGUAAAGAAUUAAGUAGAAUAAGAUGUAGCAUUGAUAAUAAACUAAAACCAAGGAUAUUACCUCUAAUUGAAUGUGAGAAUAAGACUAUUGACCAAUUUUUAGAUGAAUUGUGCAAAAAUUUACAUGAAACAAAUAAGACAUUAAUGUCAUCAUUACUAUCAAAAAUUGAAAAAAAUCUAUUAUUAGAAAAGUAUGAAAAGACACGUUUAAUUGAAGCUAAUGGUGGCCAGUUAAUAAAGAAUGGCGGAAGAAGACGAACAUCAGGUGGAAUUUUCUUUAACCUCAUUAAAGAAGAUUCUAGUAUUCCAAAGUUAGCAAAAAAAGAAUUAUUUGGUUGUCAGGAUGAAGAAUUAAAAAAAAAGAAAAAAAGAGAAAAAGUUAAAAGGAAAAUUAAGAAACUUAAACUACAAAAAUUAAAUGCUAAAAAUACAGUAGAAGAAAAUGUGAAUAUUUCAAAUGGUGACACUUUUGGCGUGCAAAAUAAUACAUUUAAUUUUGAACAUUCUGAUUUAUAAAUUUUAUAUUGUGUGUUGUAUAGCAACACACAUAAAUAAAUUUAAAUAUUUCAAUACUUUA